AUGUCCAGAACAAAAGCAUUCCUCAUUAUAUUGUCAAUAUUUAUGACUAUUUUAACAACAGGUUGGAACUGCCGAGUACGACCUAAUAGCAACGAGUCUAAUUACGCAACGAAGUUGGAAGAUAUAUUGGAUCAGAUCAAAUCUUAUGAGCAACAGGUUCAAUUGCGAGCAAAUAACAUUCAAACAAUAUUAAAUCGACAGAAAAUAAAGCACGGAACAAAUGCAUAUUAUUCUAAUGAUGAGAGAAAUUUGGAAUUUGUGAAGAAUUUUCAGGAAACACACACAAAUUUACAACAUGAAAAUGCCACCAUUUUGAUGCUUGUGAGGAAUUGGGAGUUGGAAGGGGCUUUGAAAUCCAUGAGAUCAUUAGAAGACAGGUUCAAUCAUCUAUACAAAUACACAUGGACAUUUUUAAAUGAUGUGCCUUUCACAGACGAAUUCAAAGAAGCAACGACGUUAAUGGCUAGUGGGAAAACUCAGUAUGGUUUGAUCCCAUCCGAAGAUUGGGAUAGACCCAGCUGGAUCAAUGAGACCAAGUUUGAAGAAAAUUUACUUAAUUCAGAAAAGAAUGGAGUUCUUUAUGGUAACUCAAGGUCGUACAGAAAUAUGUGCCGUUUCAAUUCUGGAUAUUUCUAUAAACAGAAAUUGCUCGAUCAAUAUCAAUGGUAUUUUAGAGUUGAGCCGGAUGUUGAAUAUUUCUGUGAUUUCCAGUACGAUCCAUUCAAACUAAUGAGAGAAAAUAACAAGAAAUACGGAUUUGUAAUUAGUAUCUACGAGUAUGAGAAUACCAUUCCUACUCUAUGGAACACUACCAAACAAUUUAUGGAACAAUAUCCUCAGCAUAUCCAUCCAAAUAAUUCUUUGGAGUUCAUUACCAACACAUCGCCUAUAGGAUCAAAGGCAUUGGCGAUACAAUCUGAAUCGGAUUACAACCUCUGCCAUUUCUGGUCUAAUUUUGAAAUUGCCAACUUAGAUUUUUUCCGCUCGAAAGCCUACAAUGACUAUUUUGACUUCCUCGAGAAGACUGGGGGUUUUUACUAUGAAAGAUGGGGCGAUGCACCCGUUCACAGUAUUGGGGUGGCAUUAUUAUUGGCUAGAGAUGAAAUACAUCAUUUUGAGGAUAUUGGAUAUAUCCAUGCGCCAUUUGAAAGCUGUCCUACUAGUAGAUACACCAGGCUAAAUAAGAGAUGUGUCUGUGAUCCUUAUAAAGAAGCAAAUAUUGAUAUGACUUUACACAGUUGCGUACCUAAAUGGUGGAAAUUCGGAGCAGGUAAAAAGUUCAUGAAUGAGUGA